AUGACGCUGCAGGGCGACGGGCGUCAGCCCGAUGUGAAGCUGCAGGGCGACAGGCGGCAGUCCGAAGGAGGCCGAAGGGAGGUGGAUCUGUACCCCUACAUCUUCUGCAUCGACAUCCUUGCAUUCUUCUACGUGGGGCUAGUCUACCAGCUGCCUACCCUCUCUUACCCUCUCUUCUAUUCCUGUGGUCGCAGGGAGGUAGACCUCUACCCCUACAUCUUCUGCAUUGACAUCCUCGCCUUCUUCUAUGUGGGGCUCUUCUAUCAGUCGGCUGUGCGCGACAAAUCGCCCUUUGAGGAGGUCAUUCACACGGGGGACCAGUUCCCCUACAACUAUGUGGCCGUGCUCAUGACGCAGUUCUUCCUCAUAGUCAUCAACCGCAUCCUCUACCUGGUCUUCUCCGCCCCCCUGCGCAUCCUCUACCACCUCACCUCCCUCCUCCUGCACCUCGGCUACCAAAUGCGCCUCUUCUGGAACGCCAACCUCAUCGCCUCCCACAACACCAUCCGAGCCUACCUCGCCAUCAAAUCCAUCUCCCUCGCGCUCUCAGCGCUGCAGCUCAAGCACGGCCCGCCAGGGCCGGCGAGCAAGGCGACGCCGUUUCUGACGAGGAGGGCCACGUGGCUGAGGUGGCAACUGUUCCGGGUUUACCGCAUGCUGCCGUUUCUCUACGAGCUGCAUCUGAUUCUCGACUGGUGGUGCACCAAAACUACUCUGCCUCUCUAUGACUGGCUCAAGGUAUGA